AUGCAGCCCUGUCUCACCCUUGCAGCACAAGCAUCGUCAUGGAGGAUCCGGACACUAGGGCAACGACUUCGUAAGAACAGUAGAGCAAACGUCCAGUUCAUAAACUGCAAGCAAACAUCUUCAACACAAUACCCGCUGCUUUCACUUGUCUCCAAGUCUCCAGCUCUUCUCGAAAUCGCCAUAUUGGCUGCGUACCUUAAAGAUCUCGCUGAUCAAGCUACGAAGAAGGUUCCUAAGUAUCUGCCGGAAGCGUUACGAGCAGCCGCCGUCUUCAACUGGAGCAGCAAGCAGGGCGUGGCCGGUCGGUUUGACCGCCGAGCCGGAAGCAAUAUGGAGCAGCAGUCCACGCCCGAGAACAAGAUGUCCAAGGAAGAGAGGUCGGAGAAGCCGGAGAAAUCGUACCUGUACAGCGCGGUGGAGUCGAUUUCGCCUUGGGGUGGAUCAAGAUCUUCAACGCCAAAAUUGAUGCCUAUGUCUCCUGUUGUACCUGGGGAGGGGUCGGGCCUGAAGCAUCAGAGGGGAGCGGACCACACGACGCAGAAUUGGCAUGGCUUCAGCUCGAAAAGGUACCCACCGGAUUGUCCACCGCUUAACGCCCGGUGGUUCCAUGCCGUAGACGUUCCUAAGAGGAAGCCCAAGCUUCUCAACAAAGUCAAUACGGAGGAGACGAUCAAGCCAGCCAACACCCCCGCGCCGAAGAAAUUUGUACUGUUCUCCGCACAUGAUAGUCGCUCGAUCGAAACUGCGUACCAGAAGUUGGCGGAUGAAUACGAUGAUCCGAGGAGGGAAACGAGGCAUAAGGGGGACGAUUAUGGAAGCGCAGGGCAGUCACCGAAUACGCCGGGCAGAAAAUCGAACACCAGUAUUGAUGAAGCUGGCACGGAAGCACCCGCGGGGGGCAAGUUCCGGGUCCCUGUUCAAGAAGACUUCCUGUUCGAUGUCGACAUCGAGCAACGGGAACUCAGCCCACUGUACUGGCUUGGUCCUAUCUACGAAGUUCGGCGAGGAUCAUGGUUUUAUCAAGAGGGCUCGACUCUUCGACCCUGUGAAGAGAAUCUGGCCCAGCAGCUGGAAGAAGGCUACCUCAAGAUUAUGCCAUUCAGAUAUCCCAGAGCUCCAGAGAAAUUGCCAAAAGCUGGAGAGGACCCGAGAUCUUUGGCGGUAUCUGGGGCAUUUGGUCGAGGCCGUGCUGGAUCAGGCGAACUCACACCAAAAGCUUCCGCUGAGAACCUGAAGGCUGCCAAUCAGCAGGCGCUGGACGAUGCUGCCAACAAGCUGAAAGAUAUCCCGGCUCCAAGUCCUCAUCAGCCACAAAGCUAUCGUUUGUUUGGGACAUUUAUGAAUACUAUUGUCACUUAUCAAGAUUCUACUGUGGCGUGGCUUUCUACUGACUCGAUCAUGGCGAGAGUGAGUAGCAGUGUCUACGAACGCUUUGCAGGUGGAGCAUAUUUUAGUGGCGUCAAACUCGUCAGAGGUUACUCAGAAGGAAAAACAAGCGCUGACAAAGUACCGACGACACCUACUAGUGCUGCAAGCAAAGGCCCAAACAUGCCUCCAGAGCUAAAGCUCGAUGUUGAGCAACAGAAGCUUCUGAAGAGACGCUCGGGUCCACCUUCUGUAAAUCUACCGGGUGACGAGGCAAUGGAGGCAUCUGCUCGGAUUGCGCUCACGGGAGUAAUCGACAAAGAGUCAGAAGCAGAAGCUGUGCGAAAGCGAGACGAAAGGGAGAUACGGAAUGACUACAACGAACGAGAUGAUGAGAACCAGGGUCGAGAGAUCGACCAUCUGAUUUUGGUCACUCACGGCAUCGGUCAGCGGUUAGGCAUGCGAACCGAGUCUGUCAACUUCAUUCACGAUGUUAACGUGUUACGAAAAACUCUGAAGAGUGUCUAUGGAAGUAGUGCCGAUCUUCAGGCCCUGAACUCGGAAAUAGACAAGCUUCCCAAGAAUUGCCGUAUUCAGGUACUGCCUAUCUGUUGGCGACAUCUUCUAGACUUUCCCAGAAAAGGAGUUAGACAGAACCGUAGGGAACACGAUCUCGGCGAUGCCUUUGGGGAGGACGAAGAGUACCCCAGUCUCGAGGACAUCACCGUCGAAGGUGUACCCUUUGUUCGAUCACUCAUCACAGAUCUGGCUCUGGAUAUCCUUUUGUACCAGAGUGCUUACCGCGAACAUAUCGCUCAACUUGUAACAGCCGAGUCGAACCGAGUAUACGACCUCUUCCUCCAGCGAAACCCAAAUUUCAAGGGUAAAGUAAGUCUGAUCGGGCACUCACUAGGCUCUGCCAUCUUUUUCGAUAUCCUGUGUCUCCAGAAAGAAACCAUGCGAAGUAACCCUGGGCGUCGGGUACAUCAGAAAUCUAAACACCCUCAUGAAAGAGAAGUCAAGGACCUUGAUCUCAAAUUUACUGUGGAAGACUUCUACUGUCUAGGUUCUCCCAUUGGGCUCUUUCAAAUGCUCAAGGGAAGGAGUCUUCUUGGUCGACACCAAAGAUCUGAUGCUGUCCCGGCUGAGUCGCCCACGCAUUCUGAUGACUUGCAAGACCCAUUCCUUGGAUUCGCCUCCGGUGAAAAUAUAUCGUCCGUUACUGGUCUACCCCUUACAGUCUCCUCACCCAAGGUCGGGCAGUUGUAUAACAUAUUUCAUCCCAGUGACCCAAUAGCCUACAGGCUAGAGCCCCUCAUCGCCCCAGCAAUGUCCUCUAUGAAACCCCAACUCCUCCCCUACACCAAAAGGACCAUCACCACCAGUGUCUCCGGCAUUGGCGCCAAAGUAGGGCAAUCCGUAAGCGGUCUCUGGUCCUCCCUCUCCUCCGGCAUAGCCAGCUCCCUCCUGAACCGCAGCCUCGGCCUCACUAGCGACGACGUGGCUCAUAUGGCAGCCCCUACCCCCCAACGCGCACCACCGCAGUCCGCGGGCGCUGGCACCAACGUCGGCGCUGGCGUGAUCUCUGCCGAGACUACGAACGUGCCGGGGAUGCAAAGGCAGAACACCAAUGAGAAGAAGAGGCAGCUGGCGGAGGACACAGCCGCUGCGGACAGGGAUGGCACGGGGCAGAGCCCGCCGACGCUGAUUGAUGAUGAGAUUGAGACGUUAUACGCAGGAUUUCAGAAAAGGAGGGAGAGUGAGGACGGGCACGACGAGUGGAUGAAGGCGGAGGAGAAGGGGAGGAAGUUGAGGAGAGAGGAAGCGAAGGUUAGGGCGCUGAAUAUGCAUGGCAGAGUGGAUUACAGUAUUCAAGAGAGUGUCCUUGACUUCAACCCGAUCAACACGAUCGCGAGUCAUCUCUCAUACUGGGCCGACGAAGACGUCAGCCAUUUCAUGAUGUCCCAACUGCUUUCGAGACAUCGUGCUGCUGCUGCUAGCACGCGGAAGGAGGGACGCAGAGAAAGCAGGAGAUAG